CACUUUUAAAAAGCUGCCAGUAUAGCAUAUCACUUUUGUUUACGUUUUGUAAAAAUUGUUGAUUUCCUAAACAAUGGCUGAUUUAGUGAGUGGAGAAGCCUCUGAAUCAGAUGAGGAACUGCAAGACAAGCACAAGAUUUUUGCAGCUGAAGUUUCAGGCGAGGCCACCGAAGAUGACGAUGAAGACAUUUACGAACAACAGCAAAGAAGCAGCCAGGUGAACAAUACGGCCUCCAUUUAUCGCAAUAAUUUGCUUCAACGGAAACUAAUUGAAAACAACAUUGCAAUUUGGAAAUCUCUCACUGCUUUUACCCGCAGCUUUGUUCUUAACGCCUCAAAGCAAUUAGUGACCACGGACCAAAUGCUCAUUAAAUCCCAGCUUAAUCUGCAGUCGGCACACAUAUCUCUCCAGCAAGCCCAAAAAAAUGCCCAGGAACUGCAAUCUAGAGUGUCUGCUGUGAUGACCAGUAGCUUUUUGCCCCACAUAAACAUUCAGAAAGCUAGCUAAAUUAUGACCUAUACAUUGUAUUUGUUGAACAACGAUCAAAUUUAGACUAA